CGAACAUAAACAUCUGUGUCGGAGACAUCUCGCUGUGUCUCAAUUGCCCUCGAUUAUUCCCACCACCCAUAACGAAACCCGGAGGUAAUCGCCUCGUUGCCUACCACGGCUAAGUCAAAGCAGAAGCCCGAUAUCCCGGGCUCAAAGCUCUCCCUCCUUCCGCUUCCAGCGCGACCACCUUAACGUCCCAUUCGUGAGACGUUGAUAAUCACUUACACCACCACUGUAGCUGGCUCCGCCAGCAUCUAAUAAGCCGAUACAGUCCUGUGGGCCUACUCUCUCAAACGGACACCGCAAGGUUCGUUUGAGUGGUAGCUAGUGCUCCGCGGAAGACCAAUUGCCGAGAUCGUGGAAACGAUACGAAACUCGGACUCUUUUUGAACGUCUUUCGCCUGUUGUACGGCCGUCGGCACUCCUGGGAGAGAUGGUUGACCUUGAGGUUCCCCCCAACUACACCUUUUCGCCAUCUGAGGGUACGCCUCACUUGACCAUUAAUCAUGAGGUCGCCGCCGAGCUAGACUCCAGCAAUGCCUUUGAGGGUCCGGAGAAGCUGCUCGAGGUCUGGUUUGCGCCGAGCGCUGAGGCUCUGCCAGCCAGCGCCAAAGAAAACGGGCUGAAAGCCGUCAACCCCACCGAAUGGGAGGGCAUGUUGGACCUGGUGAAUUGCAAGGUCCUGUCCAUUGUCAACUCGGACCAUGUCGACGCCUACCUCUUGUCCGAGUCCAGCAUGUUUGUCUUCCCCCACAAGAUCAUCCUGAAGACGUGCGGCACCACGACGCUGUUGCUGGGUCUCCAUCGACUCCUCCACAUCGCGGCGGUCCAUGCCGGCUUACCCUUCCACAACGCCAAGUCGCUGAACGAAAUCCACGCGGCCGCGACCCCCUACCGCGUAUUCUACAGCCGCAAGAGCUUCUUGUUCCCCGACAAGCAGCGCGGGCCCCAUAGGAGCUGGAAGCAAGAAGUCAAGUAUCUGGACGACAUGUUCGAGGGCGGCAGCGCGUACAUGGUGGGCAAGAUGAACGGAGACCAUUGGUACCUGUACAUCACCUCGCCGAGCAACAUGCUGACGCCGCCGAGGACGCCGGAGGAAGAGAAGAGCCUCGGCAGCCCGACCCGCACCAAGAAGAUCCCGACCGGCCUCAUGACCAGCCUAGGCGCUAUCCACGAAGAUACCCACGAUGAGACUUUGGAGAUCCUCAUGACGGACCUCGAUCCAGAGAAUGCCAAGCAGUUUUACGUGUCACACGCGAGUGCGGUCGCGAACGAACAGGUAUCUGCGCAGGUUCAGGAAGCGCGACGGGACGCACACGAGAGCCUCGGCAACCUCAGCAACGGCACCGUCAGCUCGACCGCCGAAUCGGCCGACGCGACCUUUGACGUGUUCAGCAACAGCGAGGAGUCCGACUUGGCUGGAGGGACCCACACGCCUCUCACCGAUCACGUCAUCACCGAGUGCCUCACCACCGAGGGCCACGCGCUCGGCACCGUCGUGUCCAACAGCUGUGGCCUCUCGAACGUGUACCCGGCGUCCAUCUACCCGGAUGCGCGCAUCGACGCAUACCUGUUCUCCCCGUGCGGAUUCUCCGCCAACGGCGUUGUCCCGGCGGCGGUAGCGACAUCGGCCGAGAAGCAUGGCGAGUCGGGCAGCGGUAGCGAGAGCGACAGCAAGCCGGUGGCGCACUACUUCACUGUGCACGUCACGCCGGAGCCCAACUGCUCGUUCGCGUCGUUCGAGACCAACCUGCCGGGCGGGCGGCACCAGGGCCGUGAGACGGCGGACGUGAUCGAGCACGUCGUGGGCAUCUUCAAGCCCGGCCGGUUCAGCGUGACGCUCUUCGAGGCCAAGGGCGGGGCCGAGCGUGCCGUCGAUCUGGCGCGGCGCCGCGGCGGCGACGACGACGGGCAGCGGAGCUGGGGCGAGGCGACCAAGCAGCGGGUGGAGCGCAUCAAGGGCUACCGCCGGAUCGACCGUAUCGUACACGACUUUGAGGACUACGACCUGGUGUUCCGGUACUACGAGCGGGAGGGUUGGGCCGGGUAUGGGGGAGCCAGGGUCGGAGAGGAGUUGUAGUAGUGAACAGUGCUACCUGCGUUUCCUGUUCUCGGUUGGUAUUUAUUGACGGUGGCUGGGACAUGGGAGCCCAGAUUGGAAUAAGCUGCCUGCCAUUGUCUAGUAUACAUUACCGUCACUUCCAACCGUCGUGUCUGGCUGCAUACAACAAGCCAACUAAUAUCUCAGUCCACGUUUUCAUUUCUUUUUGCCAUUCUUGAGUCCAUCUUCUGCAGAUCGUUUGUGAACCCUUUCGCGAUGCUGCUUUUGGGCGGUGGACGACAUCUGUUUGCAGCGCCGGGAUCGUGACUUGAGACAUCACAUUCCAGCAGGCUACAACGUCGACAGCAGCGACAGGCCACCCAUCUCUCUGACAACCUUCCCGAGGAAUGUGAAGGGUCUC